ACAUGACCAGCAGAUGUCCGGCUUUAAAAGAGGAGUGCAGAAGAGCCAUCACUCUUCACAUUACUUGUACACUGACUCAAUCCUGUUUGAUGUUGCUGGUAUUGAUUUGAUCAGGGGUCACAAUGUGUCCGGUGGGCUCUCUAUGUUUGACUCUGACUAUACUCCUGACAUCUGAUGUGUGCACAUCUGCAUUUACACGAUGUCCUCGACAGAGCACCUUUACAUCAGAAUCCUCUGCUCUGGAGUCUUUGGAGUGUCGUAAUGACUACCGUAGUCACAUCCGCUGUAGCUGGAGGAAAAAUCCCAGUAUUUCUCUUUCUCUGUUCCACAUGGACCCAGACAACUGCAAAGUUGCUCCCUGUGUUCGUAUUGCUGUCCCUUCCCAGAAUGCUCCUGGGCAGGAGAGAGUGUUUUGCCGUUAUAACACAUCACUGUUUGCCAUUGGCUUUGAUGAUGUGUUUUUCUUCCACACGCCACAUUCUCCUGGUGUUUCCAGAACCUACAAUCUCGCUAAAUACAAUGACACAAAGUGGAUUUUUAACCAGGUAGAUGACAUAUUAUCUCCCUCGUAUUUAAGCCCUGAUUGUUCGAAGACUCUUUUGACCUCUGACCCCUUCAGACAACAUGACCAUCAACACACAGAAGUAGACGUCAUUCAUCAAUCAGCAAACGACAAAUUGAACAAGAAUGAAACGGAGGGAAGCGGGAUGCUGUUUGACAGACCAACAUUAAUGUCUGACUAUGAGCUUCCUGGUCCCACUAACCUACGCUGUGUGUACCGUGGUGAGAGGAACGGGAGCUGUAGUUGGGAGCUGACGACAGAUGUGGCGCAGUACAUCAGCUAUACGCUUUCAUACAGAACACACUCCAGUUCACUGGGGGAGUGGUGCUGUGUUGAUAAUGUGGAGGUCACGAAUGCGAGGGGUCUGUUGAGAAUGGUUGGCGUUUUCAGCAUUUUUGAACCUGGAGCACUGGAGGUGCAACUUACACCAACACCAGUGACCAGAGUCAUCCACGCCUACAAACACAUCCAACCUGCGUGUCCCACGGGUCUAUGUGUGGAGCUUAGCAGGGAGGACUGGAUCCUAAACUGGACUCUGCCCAAGUACCGCACUAUACGUCUUACUUCCCAGCUUGAGUACUGGAGCAUUUCAUCUCCUAAGGACGUGAAGACCAUCUCUCUCCCUGAUCCAGUGACGGUCAUUUCUAUACCAGAACGCUCUGUAAUUGGUUCCUCAGAGUACCGGGCUCGGGUCCGGUGCAGUUUGAGCAAGCCCAGACGUCCGGGACAGCGGUAUGCAGGAUAUCCUUCAGAGUGGACCGACCCUGUCAGCUGGACCACACAACCUGAACCUCUCGUGCCCCGUCUGGUUGCAUUUGUCCUGUAUUUCCUCAUCGCGACCCUCUCAGCAGCCGUUUCUGUUGUAGUUUUCUUCAUUCUGGUUGUCAUGCAGAGAAGGCUGAGAGACUGGAACGCGUCUCUUCCGUCUCCCGUUCACAGUAAAGUCUCUAAGGUGAGACAGCUUCCGCAGAGAGAUCUCCUGACCAGAGAACUAAAGGAUCCAGAUAUCAGCAGUGUUCAGAUCGUGGGUGUUUGCCCUCGGCCGUCCUCACUGCUCAGUGACGCAGUUCUACCGUGUUCAGAGGGAUACAUGCAGAAUCCUGCGACCUCCACUGACACUACCCAGAGUGCUUUGCAGGUUUGCCACCGGAUUACUGAAAUGAAUGACGGGUACAUGAACUGUGUAGAGUCUGAUUUGUUUUUAAGCCAAGGAAAGAAAAACAACCGUUCACUGCAUACACAAGGUUUAAACACUGACGGUUUCCUUCUACAUCUUCCAUUGUGUCCAGGUAGAUUCUUUGAAUCCAAAGCGUUUUAAUCCAAAACAAUUUCUCAGCAACCUUUGAUUUUGUAUGCCGUUCCCAAACUGACCACUAGGGGGUGGUGUAGUAUUGCGUUUGUUUUGACACUUCGGGUUUUAUUGCGCUGCUUCUAAACCCUGGCUGUGCGUAACUGUACUACCCAUUAAAAUUUACUCGUUAACACAAUCAACCAAAUCCCUUGAAUUCUUCAAAUAAAUCAAAUAUUUAGUGUAGAACCCAAAAUAAGUUUAUUUCAAUAUCUCAGAUGUUUCUUCUAGACAGCAAUGAGACUGCCCUCACGUCUCUCCUAGAUAUGCCGAAUGAUGUGAAAAUUCAGUGAUCUCUACAUAAAUAUUUCUCCUCAAAUUCCUAAAUAAACCAUAAUAUCUGGCCUAGGCUGUCACUAAUAAAUUUGUGUUUUCUUAUUGUGGGUCAGCGAUUUUUGAUGUUGUGUGUUCUUCACAAUUCACAAAAAAAUGUGUGUUUUCACAAUUCUUUCACAUUUGCUACUGUUUAAAAAGCUCUUCUCAUCUAUUUAAUUUUCCUGUUAUUACAUAGAAAAUAGGUUGCAGAUAACGGUUGUGUUGACUAUG